GCUCAUGACUUAAAAAUUCAACUAUAUUAAAUAAGAACUUGGUACCACUUUUUUUUGCUUCACCUGGCAACACUGCAUGGACAACAGGUACUUUAAAUAUUUGUCACAAAUGAUAUAGGUGUUUGCAGGUGGUUGUGUAUUACUUUGUGCUAUAGUUUCCAGACGAAUCAGUGGAUUAUUUUAUAAUUGGUAGUUUAAAUUAUGGAUGAAAACGUAUGGGCUCGAGACCCAAUCGAUGGCUUUAUUCUAGCUCGAAUAUCAGAACUUCUCGACGAUGGGGCCGAAGUCACUCCUCACAACACAAAAUUUCAAAAAAGGGUUUUACCUUUUAGGGAUAUAUUUCGAGCACAAGCUGAUGUCAACAAGGACUAUGAUGAUAAUUGCGAAAUCAUGUUUUUAAAUGAGGGAUCACUUUUAAAUAAUAUUCGCCAAAGAUAUUAUAAAAAUAAAAUCUAUUCCUACGUAGCAAAUAUUCUAAUAGCAGUAAAUCCAUAUAAAGACAUCCCUGAAUUAUAUUCAUCAACAGCUUUAAAAAGUUACCUAGGAAAAUCUUUGGGAGAAAGACCUCCUCAUGUUUUUGCAAUAGCAGACAAGGCAUACAGAGAUAUGAAAGUUUUAAGACAGUCACAAUCUAUUAUAGUUUCUGGGGAAUCGGGAGCCGGAAAAACUGAAUCCACAAAGCACCUCCUAAAAUUCUUAUGUGAUUCUUGGGCUGCCGAAGCUGGAACUCUCCAGCAAAAAAUCAUAGAUGCAAAUCCAGUUUUGGAAGCGUUUGGUAACGCUAAAACAACAAGAAACAACAAUAGUUCAAGAUUUGGCAAAUUUAUUGAAGUACAUUUCGAUAAAAAAUUUCAGGUGACAGGUGGUUUUAUAUCACAUUAUCUUUUGGAAAAGUCCAGAAUUUGUUCUGUACAAGAAUCGGAAAGAAGCUAUCAUAUUUUUUAUAUGUUAAUGGCUGGUGCACCAGAAAUUAUUAGAAGUAAACUUAUGCUAUCCAAACCCAAUGACUUUAAUUAUUUAAAACAUGGUUGUACCAGAUAUUUUACAAAACCAGAAACUGAAAAAAAACUGACACCGGGACAAAAAAGUGAUGAGCAUAUUAAACAAGGUCCUUUAAAAGAUAUUCUUUUGGAUGAUAUGGAAGAUUUCAAUAAACUUGACCAAGCCUUAUCGCGUAUAGGACUAAAUAAGUGUGAAAAACUACAAAUUUAUUCGACCGUUGCUGCAGUGCUUCACUUAGGAAACAUUGAAUUUGAGGACGAUCCUGAGGAUACAAGAGGGGGUUGCAGGGUUUCCACCACUAAUGAAAAAUCCCUUCAAAUUGCUUCACAUUUAUUAGAAAUUGAUUCUGGAGACUUAAGGCAAGCUCUUGUGUCUAGAGUUAUGCAGAGUAGUCGAGGCGGAUUUAAAGGGACUGUUAUAAUGGUUCCUCUAAAGUUACAUGAAGCAAAUAAUGCUCGUGAUGCUUUGGCAAAAGCCAUUUAUAGUAACUUAUUUGAUUUCAUUGUUAAUCGUAUAAAUCAAAGUAUUCCAUUACAGGAAACAAAUUAUUAUGUCGGUAUUUUGGAUAUUGCUGGUUUUGAAUUUUUUACGGUAAACAGUUUUGAGCAAUUCUGUAUAAAUUACUGUAAUGAAAAAUUGCAACAGUUCUUUAACCAAAGAAUUUUAAAGCACGAGCAAGAAUUAUAUAAGAGGGAAGGAUUAAGUGUUCCUGAAAUAACAUUUGUUGAUAAUCAAGAUUGUAUUGAUUUGAUUGAAACUAAAAAUAAAGGUAUUUUGCAACUUUUGGAUGAAGAAUCAAAACUACCAAAACCAUCAUAUACGCAUUUUACUGAGGAAAUUCAUAAAACUUGGACAAACCAGUUUAGACUUGCUCUUCCAAGAUCAUCAAAGCUUAAAGCACAUAGAAGCAUAAGAGAUGAUGAGGGAUUCCUUGUUAGACAUUUUGCUGGUGCAGUUUGUUAUCAAACGAGACAAUUUAUUGGUAAAAACAAUGAUGCCCUACAUGCCUCCCUUGAAGGAAUUAUUCAGGAAAGUAGGAAUACAUUUAUACAAAACUUAUUUUCUACUUCUAUUGCACAGAAAGGAAAACUUACUUUUAUUAGCGUCGGUAACAAAUUUAAGACUCAGCUGGGCGAGCUUAUGGAGAAAUUACAAAACAAUGGUACCAAUUUUAUUAGGUGCGUUAAACCCAAUACCAAAAUGGUAGAUCAGCAAUUUGAGGGCGCUUUAAGUUUAAUGCAACUUAAAUGUGCAGGUAUGACUUCAGUAUUAGAAUUAAUGGAACAUGGAUAUCCUAGUAGAACGAAGUUUGACGAUUUGUAUAAUAUGUAUGUAGAAUAUUUGCCAAAGGAACUAAAGCAACUACCACCCAAAACAUUCUGCGAAGCAAUGCUUCAUAGUUUAAAAUUGCAAAACAAGGAUUACAAGUUUGGUAUAACACGAGUUUUCUUUAGACCUGGAAAAUUUGCUGAAUUUGAUAAAAUUAUGAAGUCAGAUCCAGAAAAUUUAAGGGCUAUCGUAGGCAGUGUUAAAACAUGGUUGGUAAAAUCUAGAUGGGUUAAAACACAAUUUUGUGCAUUAGCUGUAAUAAAAUUAAAAAAGAGAAUAGCUUAUAGAAAUAAAGCUUUGGUAUUAAUACAAAAAACAGUCAAAGGGUACUUGGUUAAAAAACAACAUGGUCCUAGAUUAAAGGCUUUAAAACAGUUAAAAAGAUUAGAUAUAACCCUAAAAAAAAUGGAAGAAUGUGCAGCUCAGUUAAAAAACAAAGAACAAGCUGGUGAUGCAAUUAUCCAGUUAAAAAACGAAAUCACCAUGGCUUGUCAUAAAAUAAAGAUGAAUAAUAACAUUCCAGCCGAAGAAACAAAAAUACUUUACUCUGAUUUAGUUGCCAAAGUAAACCUACAAAUGGAAACAUUACAAAAUAAAGUUCAAGAACAGAAGAAUGCUGAAGAGCAAGCAAGAUUAAGAAAGAUUCAGGAAGAAUUAGAACUAGAAAAAAAGCAAAAAGAAGAAGAGGAAGCUAAUCAACGAAAAGAAGAAGAAAAUAGAAGGAUAAAAGCUGAAAUUGAAGCAAAACGAAAGAUUGAAGAUGAGAAUAAGAAAAGACAGGAAGAACAUUACAGACAACACGCCGCAGAACUUCAAUCACAACAAAAAGAAAUUGAUGAUGAAGUAAGAGUAUACCAAGAACAAUUAGAACAAGAAAGGCAAGAUCGCGAAUUAGCUUUACGUUUGGCCCAAGAAAGUAAUGGACAAGUUGAAGACAGCCCUCCAGUUUUUAGAAGGUUAGAGUCUGUUAGAAUUCACCAAGCAUGUCAGAAUAAAAGCACAUUUGACUUAUCCAAAUGGAAGUACUCUGAACUUCGAGAUACAAUCAAUACUUCAUGCGACAUUGAAUUACUUGAGGCGUGCCGUCAUGAGUUUCACCGUCGUCUUAAGGUUUAUCACGCAUGGAAAGCAAAGAACCGCAAGCGCACAACAAUGGACGAAAACCAAAGGGCACCUCGCUCAGUACUGGAAUCGGCUGCCAAAACAUCUCGUCUACCACAAAAAGCGGUUCUAGACAAUGUGAGUCAAAGAUACUUUCGUAUACCUUUUCAGAGACCUGGAACAGAGCAAGGUCAAAAAGGGUGGUGGUAUGCUCAUUUCGAUGGGCAGUAUGUCGCCAGACAAAUGGAAAUUCAUCCAGAAAAAGCCCCAGUGUUAUUAACAGCAGGGUCUGAUGAUAUGCAAAUGUGUGAACUUUCUUUGGAAGAGACCGGACUGACCAGAAAAAGAGGCGCAGAAAUUUUGGAAAAUGAAUUUAACAAAGAAUGGGAACGAAAUGGAGGAUUGUCUUAUGUUAGACCAGCCGAUAGAAAAAAAUAAUUUAAUUAUUCAUUAUUGAAAAUAGUAUAAUAUAUUUAUUAUCAAUAUUAUUAUUAUUUAAUUUAAUGUAGAGGGUUAAUAUUAACAUUUGCUUUUUAAUAACAUAUGACUAAUUGUUAUUAUACAAAAAUACAUAUUCAUAUAAAUUUGUUUGAAAUAUUUAUUGCAAUAAAAAAUAAAUAUUAUAUA